AUGACUACUGAACCUGCGCCAGCUCAGCAGACGCCUACCAGACAGCAAGGAAAUUGGUUUGUUCGACUGCUUUUCCAAUUAGUCCUUUUCCGGUUGAUUUAUUCAUACUUUAGCGGUCCAGGAACAACUGUAGAUCCAUACACCGGACUUCCACCGGAUAUUUAUGCCUGCGUAACAAAUGAUAACAAACUCGAUUUUGAGAAUCUUGAAAAUUCUGGGAAGAUUGUAUUUUCAAGAGAAAAUCAAUUGUAUACACAUAAGAGGAAUAACCCGUUUGAUCAGUCGAAAGUAACAUAUAAAGCACACAGUAAAUUUUAUAAUGAUCAAGAUGAACCUCUUUACAUCUUUGUCUUCUUAAUCCCUCAUAAAGCAUAUGAAAUCAAAGUGGUACCAUUUUACAAAAGUACUUUCAAGGAUGGUUUUGAGGGCCAUUAUAUUGUUAAGACCCUUCCUCUCACGAAGAUGAAACAUAUAACUAGUAGCGGAAUAAGUCUUAUGGGAAAUGAGGAUGAGGAUGGAGAGAUAAUUAAGGAAGAAGUUAAGCAUUGGAUUCCUCGUUUGGAUAUUAAUCUGGUUUAUGAUUUGUCGGAUCAGGUAUAUUCAGGAAGUAACCCCUAUUUUGACGAUUACACAAAACAUUUUGACCAAGGGGUAUUUGAUCCUUUGUUAAAUUUGUCUCAGUUUUGGGUUUUAAACGAACAUUAUGUUCACAUAGAAUCGGAUAAUGAACUCGAUCUUACCAUAAAUUAUUCGACGUGUAGUCCAAUGUAUUAUUUGCUAACAAAUCAUAUGAAAAAUACUGGUGAGACAAAAAACCGUUUUGGUAGACAAUCAAAUAAAGAGUUUGAUAUGCUUAAACGUACAUUAAUGACAACAAACAUCUACAUGUUAAUCUUUUCUGCGUGCUUCAUUUUGUUGCACACACUUUUUUCCGCAUUCGCACUAAAGAAUGAUAUUCAAUUCUGGAAAAACAAUGAUUCUAUGGAGGGCCUUUCAGCUUUAUCUAUAAUCAUAAAUUUUAUUUGUGACAUUAUAAUUGGCUUGUACAUUUUCGAUAGUGAGGAGAAGUCGUGGUUGCUUCUGUUUGAAAUUGCACUUGGUGUUUGUGCAUCUGGAUGGAAAGUAACAAAGGCUGUGAAAAUCCAUACGAGUCUAUCUUAUCCAUUCAUAAGAUUUGAGAGUUCCAAGAAUUAUGUCGAAUCUAAAACAAAGGAAUAUGAUGAAAUAGCCAUAAAAUACAUGUCGAUAGCAAUGACUCCCUGCAUUGUUGGAUAUGCUAUUUAUUCUUUGUAUUAUCUAAAACACAAGUCAUGGUACUCUUACAUAAUCUCUGUGGCUGCUGGAUCAGUCUAUACUUUUGGAUUUAUCAUGAUGACUCCACAGCUAUAUAUCAACUACAAAUUGCAAUCCGUAGAGCACUUGCCAUGGAGAGCUUUAAUAUACAAGGCACUAAACACUUUUGUGGAUGAUGUAGCAUCGUUUCUAAUAGAAAUGCCGUGGUUACACAGGCUCUCAUGUUUUAGAGAUGAUAUAAUCUUCUUUUGUUACAUUUACCAACGAUGGAAGUACAGAGUCGAUCCAUCAAGAAAUGAUUGGGAACCUAAAAAAGACGGAGAAGCUCCAGCUUUACAAAAUCUUGAAGAGGUUGCACCCUCAACCAAUAUUACAGAUGAUUCGGAUUCUAAAGAUACUGCAACUAGGAGAAAAUAA